UAGAAGGGUGCUCCACUCGAGACGAGUUGCCGCGCGUGAAAACGAGUCUUAAACAGUUUCUUUAGCAUAAAUCAAAUGCAAUAAACAGCAAAGCAAAAGAAAGAGUUGAAUUAGUAUAUAUGUAUGUACGUACGUACUCCUUCGCAUAAGUUUAUGUAUGUGUGUGUAUGUGUGCAGGCGCGUAGAAAUCUGAAUUGAGUUUUUGUUAGUUUUGUGCGGAUUUCUUCGAAAACUUUGCAGUUAAGCUUUUUGAAACAGAAUACUUUGUGAACACACACACACACAUGCACAUAUAUGUGCAUACAACCGUUGUAGCUGCUGCGUGUGUUCUGUGUGCCAUUUGCCACAGUGACUACAAAUAUUCAUCUAGGGAGACAUUGAGACCCAAUUGCCGUUGCAAGGCGCGCACCUACACACACAUACACGCAGCUGCACGCAACAAUUAACGCUCGCGGCAGGAAAAAAGUGCGACACACACACACACACAGGCAAAGUGCAGCGGGUAGCUCGCUUAUGGCGGCAGUGAAAUUCGAUUUACAAGUGACGAUGCAAUUUAACAACAACAACAAGGCAACAGCAGUGUAGCACACUUGGCCAGAGAAAUUAAACGGUGGCCGUAAAACCGGUAAAAAGCGGCAUUUGAACCAAAAACAAAAAAAAAAAAACAAGACGGAUUCGACUGCAAGAACUUGUAGCAUAAGCGAUCUUCAACGCCAAGUGAAAAAUAAAAAAGCAACUUAAAUUUAACGACCGUCGAACUAGUGCUUCCGGGGCACUCCGAAUAAUUAUUACAACAACUUUUCCUAAGUAAAAGGAAAAGUGUAACUUUCUGCUCGAAAUUGUAACUGUGUCGCAGCUGAAUUUUCAAAAUACACACACGGGUGUGCAUGUAUGUGUGUGUUAUUAAAUAAAAUUCACUAAAAUUCUGCGCGCGUCCCACUCGUUUGCGCCGUUUUAUUGCAAUUUACAGUUUUCGAAAUUCCGAUUUCGUGCCAAUUUCCCAGAUAUUCGCCAAAAACUGCAAGCAUUUCGGCGCGAAGUCCAACAACAACUGCGAAAAAUGUAAAAGCGCCUUAGAUAGUUUAAAUAAAAAUAAUAAAAACCAGAUCAACGAACCAGAAAAACAACAAAAACAAUCAACAAGCAGCGCGAGUUUCGGAUUUUUAGCUUUUAGUUUUGUUGCCCACACACGCACACACGCGCGUAUGCUAACAUAUACAUAUACAUAUACAAACAGCCGUUUGAGCGAACGUGCAUAUAUUAGCCAUUUAACGGUACUUUGCAUACGACUUCAUUUCGGCGUCGCUUGAAACAAAUGCAAAUUAAUAUCGGCAAUUAGCAUAAAGACGACUUGCCAAAAUUACAAACAAUAAAAACAACAAUCUAAAAAAAAUAGUUAAAUCCAACAAUAACACAAAUCAACGCUGCUCAUUUCUCGGCACGAAAGCUUGCGAAUUUCACACAAUUUCUUUAAUAAAAUUUUUUAUUUCAAUUUACUAGCGACUAAAUGAGUUAAUCUCUUUAUUAAAAAAUAAAAAUUAAUCAGUGAGAAAACAUUAACGAAAAUAUUUUGCAUGCGAAAUAAAUGCGAUUCAUCAAAUCUAUAGCCAAUUAAACAAAAACGGAAAAAAUAAAGCAAAAACAACAACAAAACCAGAUUUAUCUUCAUUUGCUUGCUGACACUUGGCGGCUUUGUUUUUAACUAAGUUCUUAUCGAGAGCAACAACAACUGGCGCGUCUUAAGAGAUUAUAACCAGCAUAAAAGGUUCGUAUGUACCACAGACAGGAGGGCACUGCGACCACACACCAACAGUGCCAAGUUGUUGCAACGAUACGUGCGACAGUGCCGUUCAGCCGCAAGUGAAAAAUAUCUGCCUUAACUUAACCUGGCGUGUGGUAUAUAACGUGUUCGUUGAACCGAUUACUUACGCACCACUAUACCUAGAAUUCAGCGGCAGAGUGUAUCGCGACGAAGCCGAAUGCAGUAUCUCACUUACGCACUGCAAACAUCCUCACGUUUCCUCACAACGUCCGCACCCAUAACCAACACACACACCGCCUUCAACAACAAUAACAACAACUACACUAACCCGCCCACAAACAGCGCGAUCAGGGCACAAUCCAACAACAACAUAGACUUACAUUUUCCCAAUCAAAAUCCCAACAACAACAGCAACAAUCGCCAACAGCCGAGAAUCACCACGACGAACAACAUAUUAGGCACCUCGCGUCGCAGCAGCAGUAAUUCAGCAGCUAUAGCAGCCGCAACAACAAAAGUAUCAUUUGCGCAGAGCGAAGUAAUCCACAACUACCAAACCACAUCCACUACAACAACACUACCACCAAUUCACAGCACUUGCCACGAGUGCAGCUGCAGCGACGCAACAACAUUCGAAACAACCAGCGCAGCAGAAGCAGCAGCUGCAGCCGCGCCGACAGCCGCAACAGUAGCGCCAUCAGCGACAACGGUGCCGCAGCGCGAAUGAAAUUUACUCACGAUUAAUGUUAGCAUUGCGCGCAACAAACUGCUUUCAUUCUUCAAUCGCGACAUGGCCGCAACGGAUGGCCAAAUAAUACUGGCCGCCUCCCGCUUCGGUGACACCGAACCGCCGGUGUACCUGCGCGAGUUCUCCAAACAGCGAUUGCCUGCGGUCGCAAAAAUCGUCAAGGGCCAACAUCAGAACCUUGGUGUGCCCACAUUGUCGGCGCCCUCGCUUCAAAGCACGGCACUUUUCCUGAGCGCCGGCAAACGGUAUCAGAUACUGGCACAACCGAUUAAAAUCAAAGAGGGACGCAAGACGACAAAUGUCGGUGCAAAGGUGCUCAUACCGGAGACCUAUCCCGGUUACUUUGAGCUACUCAGCGAAGAUGGCCGUUCAACGCGUUGCAUCGAUUCGGUGCUCGAGCUUUCGAAGCGACGCAAUUUACGCGUCCUCGUGCGUGAGACGUUCCGUUGCACGCAGAUGAAUCGCACGAUUCACGCGGGCGAACUGCUGACGACGAUGAACGACAAUGGCAAGUACUUGCAAUGCAAAAAUAUCAAAGACGAGAUCAUCAAUUUGCCACUCGAUACCAAAGCGAAAUUCUCACCGAUCGCCAAGGAAGAUAGCAUUAGCGGGGUGCAUACGGUGAAGAAUCUACUACUCAAACGGAUGCCAGUCAUUGUGAGACUUGUCCAUGGUAGUGCUCCCAAAGGUCUGAAGCAACCCUUCGUACCAGAGUUGCGUCUACUCGGCUGUGUCGAAAUCGAUCGUAUAUUUGCGCUGCCCAUGCAGAAGGAUCACGAUUUGGUGCCAGUACCGCUGAAUGUAAAGAUUAAGUUGCAGCGCGCACGCAACAUGGAGCAGUUGGAGCACUUCAUAGAGUAUACCAGAUUCCUCGAGAAGGCGCAGCGUCUGCUGUCAGAUGCACGAGAUCGCCUGCAAAUAGUUGAUCUUAAGUUGUCGGAGAAGGAGAAGAAAGACUCCAAGUUCAGUAGUCGCAACAAAUUACCCGUGGUUAUGUUGCCAUCGGCAGCAGUCGCCGGCGGCCUUAUGGAGAACGGCUACGUGCUGCGCAAGAGCGCCAGCUGUGAUGCAUAUGGCAAGGGUAUCGGUGGGGCAGCGGGCGUACUCACAAGCGCCGAAAUCGCCGAGGAGUACAACGAAAUCGAUCACAUUUACGAUUAUGUCCGGGGCCUGACGCCACUCUCCAAAGGCUUGUCGCGUUUUGAACCCAUCUGCGAAACGCCGACUAUCAAGUCGCAUCACACCGACAGUAGCGGCAAUUAUUGCAGCCUCAUACGUGUGGGCGCGCAGGCGAGCAGCAACAAUAACAACAAUAACAAUAGCAACAGUUUAAAUGCCAGCAGCGGCAGCAACACAAAUCACAGCGGUGGCGGUGCCGGUAGCGGCAAUAAUGUUAACAACAAUAACAACAACUACAGUAGUUUAGAGUCAGUCAAGCAGACGACGAAUACCAACACGAAUAGCAGUCACAAUAGCAGCAAUCACAGCCACAAUAACAACCACAACAACACUGGCGGCAGUGGCGGCAGUGUUGGUGGUAACCAUCACCAUCACCACCAUCAUCAGAGUCACAGCCACAAUCAUCAUCACAACCACCCACACGCACACCCGCACGCGCACCCACAUGCCCAUCAGUCAGGAAGUGGAGCCAUGGUUAACCACUACCACCAUAACCAUGUUCAAGAGGACAUCAAGCCAGUGCCACCGCCCAUUGAGACUAUACCGGGCAAGAAGUUGCCUGAAAAGCGGCAACGUCCCACAUUACCAAAGCUUUAUCUGAAGAACACGAACAGUGCAGGCACCACAGUAACUGCGGCCGCGGCGGCCAGUCAUCAUAAUCAACAUCAUCACUCGGCGCAGACGCAACACGCUCACACUGGCAACUCGACAGCAGCAGUGGUGAAUGCCACAGCGGCAGCGGUGGCAGCGCAUCAUGUCCAUCACUACCACAGCAAAGUGCUAACACCUAGCAAUAGCAAUAACAACAGUGGUUCCCAUGCCGCAAAUGGACCACUUAGUGCCGGUAUUAUGGGGGCCAGUAAGGAAUGCAUUCUGGAGCCACAGUCACCACUCUUUCAUAUCAGGUACAAGAGCCUCAGCAGCUUGCAGUUGACGCCCGAAAAUACCUCCAUUACCGCCACACCGAUCUCAAGUAACCCCAAAGGUAAUCAGUCAACCGCAAUACCACCGGAUGUGGUACUCAAAUGCAACAGCAUCCUCAACCACCAGUCGCAUCACGCGCCGCACCUACCACCACCGCCGCCGCCACCACUCAGCAAGAGCGCCAGCACUGCUGGCGGCUUAGCAGCUGUAGCCGGUCUCGGCAUGGGCAUGGGUGUGGGCGUCAUACACCAUAAUCCACGCGAAGGUACACUCGACUCGUCGCGCAGCGGCGGACGUACCUCUGGCGAUUCCAACAAGUUGCCCGAAAAGAAGACGCGUCGCCUGUCGCGUCCUCGUAGUCUAUCGAAUUUAGUCUGGGAUCUGCGGCCAUCCAAAGAGAAAUCAAAAAAGAAAUUAUAUAUACAUCACUUCGAUCACCGCCAACAAGCGACACUGUAUUUGUAGUCAGGUGGCAGGAGGGUUGCACGCUACUGGAAAAUGGCGGGACAAGUGGUCGAAGAAAAUGCCAUAUAUAGACUUUAAAUAAGAUCUUACGUAGAAAUAUGGGGCAUAGCUAUUUUGAAUACUUUAAGUUUGCGGUGGAAUGAAGACAGUACCAAUGAAAGAUGAAUGAUGUUGCCAUCACUUUAGAAACCUACACAGCUAUUUGAACGGAAUUUUAAUGCAUUAUCUUAAGCUUCUGAUCCGAUAUCUUCGUCCAGGUAGAAACCACGAUUGGAACACCAGCGCUAAUGUCAAUUGCAGAUCUUACGCAGAACCACUAAAAACUUUAAACGUCAAACUUGAAAUGCACAAACCUAGAAAUUAGAUAUUUAAGCACAUAUAUUGAGAAACGGAGGAAGAAGAGAACAAAUAUCUUAUAACAUUAGUAGAGAAAGCUUUAAAACUAUUUUUUCUCAAUUAAUUAGAUUGUGCCUUUUAUUAGCAAUUAAAAUCCUUUUAAAUAACAAAUUUUAAUAAAGUUAAAAGUGAUCAUGUUUAUUGGCUUAUUGGAAAUAUUGUGGCAAGGCCCCAACAUAUAUUUGUAUGUAUGAAGAAUUAAUUUACGUGUUUAGCUCUCUUUUGGCAUUUUCUUAAAGAAACUAAUAUACAAAAGUCAACUAUUAAGUCUUUGAAUAUCUCAAAACUACGAAAAAAUAUUUGAAAAAUAUAAAAUUUUUGAUAUUUUUCCCAUAAUAUUUUCGAUUCAAAUGAGAUCCCAAAAAAACAAAACAAAAACCAGAAACAUAAGAGUUUGCAACAAACGCACAACCAACGCCGAGAGGUGAAAACUGGAAGCAAAAUAAGUCAGUGCUGUGCUGACUUCGCAUUGAAUCUUGAGAAGAUUCUUUCCGAGGCCCGCACAGGCACUGAGGGACGCCAUAAGUAGAUAACAAACAAAAUAAUGAUAAAAUAAAAGUGAAAGUGGAAGUGGGAGCAGUCUGAGAUAAACUGCAUUGAAUAUGAAUUAAAGUAAACAAAAUAUGCAACAACAACACUUCAAGUCUUUAAAAUUGUGAUUUUAAUUUUAUGUCAAAAAUGUAUGUAGAGAGUGCGCAGAGUCGGCAUUGGCGGAUUUUGUUAUGUUUAAAUCCGCGCGCGACCAGCCGGCCGGUGACGUUUCAAUAUUCGAUAAAUUAAGUGCAUCAUCUUAUUACAUUUUACUUGUUUAUUAAUCAUGCAUACUUGCAGUCGCAUUUGUGUCCCAGUAGUUUUAUGUACGCUAAGUUAAUUUACAUUUUAUAUUUAUACGUUUAAUGCUUUUGUCAGUCACGUGUGCUUUUGAACAGUGCGGAGACGGAGACGGAGGCGCGAACUCGAGUGUUCGAGUACGCCUUCCGCAGCAUUUUCAAAAGUGAUUAGUUUAAUGAAUAAAGAAUUUAUGCAAAACACAGGGCGGGAAGUGUGUGUGUGGGUGUGCAGUGGCCGCUGAGCGUCGAGUAAGCGCACUCAGCUUCGUCUCAACUCGGGCGCUGUCGGCUGUUGCACACUCAACCGCAAAUAACUGUUGCAUUGUGAAUGUGUAGAGCUUAGGAUAGACACACAUGUAUACAUACAUAUUUACUCAGCUGUUCAAUUGAAUCCGCUACACAUACCGUUAAAACUUCAGCAUGUUAAAUAGUAGAAUGAGAACAGUCAGAACACUGAUCUUUAGUAACUGAUAGUUAUCUAGCUAAAACUCAAAACUCAAUUAUUACAAAUGUCGGCAAAACAAAAAAUAGUUACAAUAACAAAAACACACGAAAAUAAACAUGAUUGAACAGCAAACAACAACUACUGCCACAAAAAGUGCAAGCGUUUUUAAGCAAAAAAUCGUAAAAUAAAUCAAAUUAAAUUUAAACUCUACUCAAAUAUUACAACAACCACACACAUACUCAGUUACAUACAUACAGUUAUGUAGAAAGUUAAGUAAAGGAUAAAGCUACAAGGAGAGAAUGCAAGAACACAUAAUUUCACUACAAAAACAUUGGCUUAGCAGACAGCAAAGGCAAAAUAUUAUUGCAAAUGUCGAGAAUUUUAAAUUUUACCAUAAAAUUGCAACAAAACCAAGAGACAUUUCGCAGGCAUCAAGUUGCAUACAAAAUACUAUAAUACAUACAUACAUAUAUACUCAAUACAUACAUAGCUUAUAUGUAAAUGUUGCGUGUGUACAUUUCGUCGAUUGUUUCGUUUAGUUUAGUCUCUUUUAGUUUAGUUUUAAAUAAUGAAUGAAACUUGUAACUGUAUUAGUCGAUAAAUAUGCAUUUUAGUACUUUAUGUCCAGUAAAGAUUGUGUCGCGUAAAUAAAAAAAUAUAUGGAAAUAAAAA